UGCCAUACACUUAUAUUCUUUUGCAAUUUGCAAGCGCACCUGAAAUUCAAAACUUACUGGGGCCCAGAGCAAUGUAUUAUCUUUGGGCCUCUUCUGCGCUCUGCGGAACAGCAAGACAACUGCAAAGGUAUCAGCUACAUUACCUGGGAGAGGAGUUGGGUUACCUGCGACAGGUAACUAAUUAAUUCUCAAGGAAGAGGAAGAGCUGGGUUAUCUCCACCCCACCACCCGCUGUACAGAUCUCCAAUUGGUGAGGCUGCUGCCUCCCCACCUGAGGCCGACCAGGAGCCAGGAAUAUUCUGAAAUCAUUUUGCAGCCAGGUGGUACCUACUGUAAGAACACACCUUUGCCACCGUGCACACCUGCAUCAAAACACAAGCCCAAGAAUAUCCACGGGACUUCAGCCAAAUCGAGUCCCGAAAGACCAGACCGGCUCGUAACCCCACCCCGAGAGAUCACCACAGAGAGCAACAUGAAGAGCCUGAAAGCCAGGUUCAAGAAGGUUGACAGCCAAGACUGGAACAAGAAUGACGAGAAGCUCCUGCAGGCGGUGGAAUUCAAUGAUGCAGACCGAGUCUCCUCUCUCCUGCUCCGGAAGAGCUUGGUCCCCACCAAACUGGACAUGGAGGGGAAAUCGGCCUUCCACCUGUGUGCCAUGAAGGGGAACGUGGACUGCAUGGAGGUGAUGUUGGCCCAUGGGGCAGACGCUUUGACCACCGACGGUUCAGGUCACACCGCGUUGCACCUCUCGGCAAAACACGGCCACCCCCAGUGUGUCAGCAAGCUGUUGCAGUCUUCCUGCCAUGUUGAUGUAGCCGAUAGCCAGGGAAGGACCGCACUCCAUCAUGCAGCCAUCCAUGGGUCUAUCUCUUGUUUGGAAAUCCUUUGUGACUUCAAGGCUUCCUUGAACAUCAAGGACCAGGAUGGGGCAACUCCUCUGAUGCUGGCAGCCAAGAUGAACCAUUCGGAGCUCUGCCGCUACUUGCUACACCGAGGAGCUGCUGUUAAUGCCAGAGACCAGAAAGGCCGAACAGCCCUGAUGGUCGCUUGUGAGAAUGGCAGCGUGGAGACAGUUGAAGCGCUUAUCCACGGCGGCGCACGGGUCGGCUUGAUCGAUGCCACGGGCCGCGAUGCCGCACACUAUGGAGCCGCCACAGGCAAUGCCCUCAUUCAACAUUAUCUCCAAGAGGCUGCCCAGCGCCAUUCUUGGGCCAGUGAGGAACAAUCACCUGAUCUGUCCUCUCAGGCUUCCUCCUCCCGACAGUCCCUUUGCAAGGAGAAGAGCAACAGUCCAAGGAAGCGGAAGGCACCCCAGCCGCCCACCUGUAACCCCAACCAGGGGGAUCGGGAAGCCUACGAGGAGAUUGCGAGGUUACGGCAGGAGAGGGUUGAGUUUCUCCAAAAGAUCCGGGGAUUGGAGCAGCUCCAAGACAAACAGAAACAGGAACAGCUGGAAAUUCAGAAUGGCUCCUUGCCUAUUCUGGAGAAGCAGGUAGAGGAUCUCCAAAACCAACUGGCGGAGACGGCAAAUGAGAAGGAAAAUCUUAAGAAGGAACUGGAGGUGCUGCGAAGCCGGCUUUCAUUCUGUGAGAACGAGAAGGAAAAUACCAGCUAUGACAUUGAAACCCUGCAGGACGAAGAGGGGGAACUGCUGGAGUUUCCAGCAACUGCUGAGCUUCUCUCCAAGAAAACCUUAAGUGCCUCCACGGAAGAACUCUUAGCAACUCUGGAGGGCCAAAUAGAGUCCCUAACCCAGAAGAACAAAAAAUUAAUGGAAAAAAUACAGGUUCUGGAGAAGGACGAGAAGGACCAGAGCGAGGUUGACACUUCUGGGGACUUCAUCCCUAUCAUUUUGUACGACUCGCUCAGAUCUGAGUUCGAGAAGCUGAAAGGACAGCAGCUGGAGGCUCAGGAGCUUCUGAAGUCCCUGGAAAGCAACGGAACAGAUGGCAGCCCUCGUAAACUCGUCUCAGCAGAGGCUUACGAACAGCUGAAGGAUGAUUACGAGAAGCAAAUCACAGCCCUUAAAGAAGCUUUGGAGAAGAUCAGCCUCCCGGAUGAUCAGAUCAGAGAGAACCGAGCGACGGAAAAUAAAGCCGGAUCGGAGCCGGAAGGAAAAAGCAAAUUCAACCCAGUAACCCGAGAAGAGAUGGAGGAGCUGAUGAAUGAGCUGAGUGAGACCCAGAAGAAAUAUCAGGCAGCUUUGGCUGAAGUCAAGAUCCUUGAAGAACAGAUUGAGCUGGGCAUCUUGUCCGUGGAGGAGAAAGAAGCUACGGAGAGUUCCAGAACUGAACUCGAGACGGUCAAGGCUGCUCUGCACCAGACUCGGGAGGAGCUGAAGGAGCAAGAUCAGAAGAUGAAGGAUUUGGAAGGGCUGCUCAGGGAUCAAGAAGAAAGAGGGGCUCAAAACUGCUCCAUUAAGGCGUACGAGGAGAUGAAAGCCACCCUUGGUGCCUCCUUGGAUGCAGUGUCCCAGGAGAAAGAGGUCCUUCUAAAGAGAUGCACCUCUGCGGAAACAGAACUAAGAGAACUGAGGGCCACCUUGAAGGAGGAGAGACACGAGAUGCUUGAAGGAAGGUCUUCCGUAAGCCAGGCCCUUCAGGAGGAGACCAGCAAGCUGCGAGAGCAGCUAAAGGCCAUGACGAAGCAACACGAAGAGGUGAAGGCUCACGUCGAGGAGCUCCAAGAAGGCCGGGAGAAGCUGGAAGAGGAGCUUCAAGCGACCAAGGAGAGGCUGGCCUCUCAGUGUGUCUCCAGAGUGGACCACGAAGACAUGGUGGAGAAGUUGAAGACCGCCCUCUCCGGGGCUGAGAAGAAGCUGCUGGAGAUGAAAGAGAAGUACACCUCUACCCAAACCAAGCUGGCAGAACUUCAGAAGACCACCGAGGCUUUCAGGCGAGAGUCGGUGCCCCUGGCCGAGCAUGCCCGAGCCAAGGAGGCCUUGGAGGGCACCUUGUGGGAGUUGAAGGCCAAAGCAAAGCUGUUAGAGCAGGAGCUGAAAGCCAAAGCCCAAGAGGCCUCCCAACUCCAGGCCCAGCUGGAUGAGAUCCGUCAAGGCGCCGUUUCCAAGGAGGCCCACGAGCAGCUAAGAGUCACCUCGCAGGCUGAAAUCGAGGCCCUGAAGGCAAAGCUGAGCGACCUGGGCUGCAAACACGAACGGACCUGCACGGAAGUCUUCCAGGUGCAGCGGGAGGCCCUCUUCAUGAAGAGUGAGAAGCACGCGGCCGAGGCGCAGCUAGCCGCCGCCGAGAAGCAGUUGCAGAGCCUGAGGGCGGAGUCCGAACGUCUCCAGGAGCUGCACACCCACAUCGAGGACUCGGCCAAGCUGGUCAAAGAGAAAGACAAGAAGAUCACAGAGCUCUCCAAAGAGGUUUUCAAACUGAAAGAAGCUCUGAAGGACCUUUCAGAGCUAUCUAGUGGUGCUUCCCCUAAAGGGAUCUUCUCAUCAAAGACAGAGAGUGAACUGGACGUAGCUACCUUCCAGAGGAGAAUUAAAGAUCUGGAGCAGCAAUUGAUUGAAUCUGAGCGACGCCAUAGCAAUAUCAUCUCUUUGUACAGAGGGCACCUUCUCUAUGCUAUCCAGGGCCACAUGGAUGAAGAUGUCCAAAGAAUCCUCUUCCAGAUUUUGAAGAUGCAAAGUCUCCAAGAACAAGGCAGAUGAGACAAGGCGACUGGUCGCAGACUCGAACCCGGGGUGGGGUGGGCAGGCUGGGACAUUUCCUUGGGGAAGAAGGACAUCAAGAUCACACCAACUAUCCAGUCCAACGGUGAGCCAGGAAGGGAGUAGAGCAGCUGGAACCCAAAUGCCUUUGAAUUGCUUCACAGCAGGCAGGAAAUCCUUGGCACCGUCACUUUGCCAUGUCCACGGUGGCCAAAGCUCUCCCAGCUGAAUAUCUGCCUGCAAUCACAAUGUUAAAGGCUACAGGGUCAUAGCAAGGGGGUAGAGUAGAAAGAGAGAUGAAAGAUCUAGGGUGGGACAGGGGUGUGAUCCCUAGUGGUCAGCUGUUUAUUUCCACUGCAUCUAAUGGCAAAAAAAAUAUUGAGUCCCUAUGCUUCCUUACUGGGGAAUCUCCCGCCAAUCGGUCUCUCGGAAAACAGACUACCGGCAAGGUUGUUGUUUUGGUAAAAUGGGGGCAAAUAUGUAGUUUUGACUUCUGUACCAGGGUAUUGGUGUGUGAGUGUGUGUGUUAAAUGGUUGAGUUGAGGGUCACAUCCGCAUAAUCGAAGCCGGAUUUCUUUUUAACGUGUUUUGUAAAAACAUGCAGAAAAGGAGCAGGGCUGCAAUCUUGACUUUUUUGCCCGCCCUGCUCGUGCAGAGAAGCAGUGGGAUGGAAAUGUAGUAAUCUUUUUUUUUAACACGGAGAAAGGACAAAGUUAGUUACAGGUAGUCCUCGAUUUAUAAUCAUUUAAUGACCGGAGUUACAACAGAACUGAAAAAAAUGACAUAUGACAGUUUUUCACACUUAUGACCAUUGCAUCCUCCCCAGUCACGUGAUCAAAAUUCAGACACUUGGCUACCAUCUCGUAUUUAUGACAGUUGCAGUGUCCCAGUGUCACGCAUUCCCCUUUUGCGACCUUCUGACAAGCCAGUGGGGAAUCCAGAUUCGCUUAACGACCAUGUGACUCAUUUAACAACUGCAGUGAUUCACUUGUCAAGAACGGUCGUGAAAUGAGGCAAGAUUCACCUAACAACUGUCUCACUUAACAACAGAAAUGUUUGGCUCAAUUGUGGUCGUAAGUUGAGGACUACCUGUAUGGGAAGUCUGGGGUCCGAAAGCAAGUCACUGUAUCUGCUGAAAUAUUACAGAGUGUGAAAAACAACCCUGCCAAGAUGUUAAAUUAGGCAAAUGAGUUUAAAUUCUUAACAUUUAAUCACUGUUAAUUGUCUUUUAAAAUUGAAAUGAUUGGGAUGAAAUGCCCAAAGCUGGGAAAACUUUUAGUAGCCAGGGGGGAAAAAUGCAAUUAUAGUCUUCCAUAAUUUUAGCAUGCAUUUGAGAAUGAAUCUCAAUGGCUUAAUUUCUGGAUCAGGGUGCAAAUAAGAUAAUGGUGCAAAUAAGAUUUCCAGUCAAAUUAUGCAACUCCUUAGCCUUUCCCGUGACUUCCAAUGAAUUAUAGUAAUUUGUGCUAAAAAGUAAAAAAAGAAUCUCUUCCUGCACUGAGCAGAAUUGGA